AUGGCCACUGAAGCUACACGUGAUGGAGGAGGGCCAGCAGCGGCCGCAUGGCGGCGGCGCAGGCUGCGGCUGCUGUGGGCGCUGGAUCACCCCGUGACUACGUGGUUGCUGAUCUUUGCCAGCCUGUUUGUGAUCAUCCAGGAGGACUUCAAGUACGCGGCGCUGCCGCCCAUGGCCGACAUCGGCAUGGAGGGGGUGACACUGGCGCUGCUGUGCGCCUUUGUGGUCGAGAUCGCCCUCUCCAGCGUGGCGCGCCCCGGCUUCUUCGUGUCGUACUACUUCUGGCUUGACGCCGCCGCCGUCCUGUCGCUGGGCUUUGAGCUGCCAGCGCUGCGCGCGGCGCUGUCCCUGGGUCCCAGCCAGCAGCACCUCGACCUGACAGACCACCCCGACUCGGUGCUGCGGGCGCUGGGGUCACAGGCCCUCAUCAGCUCCAAGGCCGGCCGGGCUGCCAAGAGCCUGCGCCUCUUCCGCAUGCUGCAGCUUGUCAGGGUCUUCUCUGAGUUUGAGGCGCGGGAGAGGGGCCGCAGGGCGGCCUCAACCUCAAAGGGUGGUGCAGCCCAGGCGGGGGGCGGCGGCCGCAAGAAUGCCAGCAAUUGGGGGGGCGGCGGCAGUGGCGAUGCUGCGGAGCUAGUGCUGCAGCGCUACCGCUUCACAGAGUCGCGCGUCGGGCAGAAGCUGUCAGACCUGUCCAUGAAGCGCAUCAUCCUGGGGGUGCUGGCCAUGCUGGUCGUGCUGCCCGCCCUGGAGCUGGGCAGCGGUGUGCUGGGGGAGCCGUCCGCCAUGGCGGUCGGGGGCCUGGCCAUGCUGCACCACGUGGCGCUGGGGGCCGGGACGAGCACGAGUGCCUUUGCAAACGCGCUGCAGGCCUUCCAGGGUCACGUGAUGUACCGCCUCGGGACGCGCCGCACCGGCGGGCUGCUCACCCUUGUGGUGGCCAACCAGACCUAUGUGGAGGCCGCACCAACACACCCCGGGGGCCGCCUGGAGCGGCGCUACUUGGAAGUCGAGUACGCAGCUACCACCAGCGUCACCUGCCUGGCAGCUGCCGCGGGCGCCGCCAACACCACGACCGGCGUGGUGCUGCAAGUGCCUGUGCCUGCGGCGGUGAGCGCGAUCGAUCCGUCGGUGGUGUCGCCGGCGGGAGUGGUCGCGAUGGCGGCGGCUUGGGCGGCGGGGGCGGCAGCGGUCCCAAGUUCUCAGAGCCGAGCAGAGCUGGUGGCUGAGAGGGCUGCGAUAGGGCAGGCUGAGUGGGUGGCGCGGCAGUGUGAAGUGUGGGUGAGCUACGCCCUGUACGACACAAAGUGGAGCCUGCAGGUGUCCUCGAUGCUGUCCCUGGCGCGCACCCUCUUCCUGGUGGUGCUGCUGGCGGCCGGGUCCUACUUCAUUCACAGGGACACGCGCCGCCUGGUGCUGCAGCCCGUGGAGAGGAUGGUGGACCGGGUGCGGGAGAUGGCGGAAGAUCCCCUCAUGCAGGCGACACUCAGGUUCGGGCCAAAGGCGGGCGGCGCCGCGGGCGGCGGCGCAAGCGAUCGCGUGGGCGCGGCAGCGGCCAGCGACGCAGUGCAGGGCACCAGGGCGGGCAAGGUGGCAUCUGCUCUGGCGGCGCCAAACGGCGGGGCUAAGCUGGCGGCGCCCAGGGGGCUGGUGGCAGCUGGCGGUGGCAGCGAGGGCGGGGACGUGCCCGUGAGCGGCUUGAAGGGCCGUGUGGCGCUCGCCCUGCGCGAUGCAGCACAGCGUAUCACCCUCCGCUUGUCCAGCGCGCUCUCGUCGGCCUUGGCACCGGCGGCGCUCGCCGUUGCCUCCUGGUGCUCCUCGCGCGUCCAGGCCGUGCGCGACGCGGCGGCGGCGUGGUUUGGCACCGGUCGUGGUGAGGAGGGGGACCAGGGGCAGUAUGAGACGCGGCUGCUCGAGAGCAGUGUCUACAAGAUCUGCGCGCUCCUGGCGGUCGGGUUUGGUGAUGCCGGCGCCGAGAUCAUAGCUGAGAACAUCCGGGAGGGGGGCGACCUCAACCCCAUGGUGCCCGGCAAGCGCACGCCCCACUCGUCCCUGCCCCUCACACUUGAUGACGUCACGGAAGCACAGGUGGCUGUCUUUGGGUUUUGCGACAUCCGUCAAUUCACUGACGCAACAGAGGUGCUGCAGGAGGGUGUGAUGGAGUUUGUCAACUCAAUAUCACACAUCGUGCACGCGGCCGUGGCUGCAAGGGGGGGCGCAGCCAAUAAGAACAUUGGCGACGCCUUCCUGCUGGUCUGGAAGCUGCCCAAGGGCAUUCGGGCCAGGGAGCUCGCAUCGCUGUCCGCUGCCGCCGCCGCUGGCGGCGGCAGUGGCGGGGGGGACGCGGGCUCGGUGUGCGCAUGGCAGAGCGGCGAGCUGGAGGGCAGCACCUGCGGCGCAAGCGGCACCCCGGCUUUUCCUAGUGCGCCAGGCGGCGGCCCCGGCGCUGGGCCUCUGGGUACUGCCACACUGGAGUGGCCCGGCCUGGGGCUUGGUGGCGAUGGUGACGCCAGCUGCGAGGUCGCCACCUCAGCAGCUCCGCCCUCCCUCGUCCCCGACCAGCCGUCCCUGGGGCCGCAGGCCUUGCGCCGCCGCCCCAGCGGCGCUGGCGCAGGCAGGGAUCUGGCCGGCAGCCACGUGUCUUUCCAAGAGAGGCCAUCAGCAGACAAGCGCCACCAGCAGCCGCUGGCUCAACAGCAACCACAGGCGGCCAGCGCGGCUUCAUCGCCCGAUGGCGGCGCCUCCCCGCUGCGCCGCUCGGGCGCAGGGCCGUCCGCCCUGGGCAUCGGUUCCGGCCCCGGCUGGGCAGAGGCGCUGCAGCGGUCCCUGAGGGGCGCUGGCAGUGCGUCGGGUGCCGCCCUGGGCCCGCAGCACCCUGGGCAGCGCACGGGCGGCGCUGCAGGGGGUGUGAGCUUCACGGCGGCCCAGCGCCCGGGGUCAGACCUGGACCGGACGCUGUCGCACCUGGCGUUCCAGCGCGCGCACAGCAUCGCGCACGCGCUGUCCCUGCCGCGCCCCAGCCUGCCUACCGCCGCUCCGAACGGCGGCAGCGGCAUCCCGGAGGCCUCGCCUCGCGGUGCAGAGGGCAACAUGGCGGCGGGUGCGCCGGCGACGGCGGCGCUGAAGCGUGCUGUGACGUGCAUCAAGACUGUGCGUCACGUGGGGCUGAGCGCGGCCUCCAAGGGUGCAAUCGUCCAUAGCAUUGCUGACGGCGCUUUGGCCAGCUUCAUUAUCAUCCAGGUGGCGCUUGCGCACUCCAGCCGCCUGAAGCGCUACAGCCGAGACCCGGCCCUCAACGCGCGCAUCCCCGGGUUCAGAGUGCGCAUGGGCUUUGGGCUGCACGUGGGCUGGGCCAUCGAGGGCGCCAUAGGCUCCGAGUACAAGGUCGACGCCUCGUACCUGUCACCCAACGUCAACAUGGCCUCCAGGCUCGAGGCCGCCACCAAGCAGUACUCCACGCCGCUGCUGCUGUCGCGCGACUUUGUGGACUGCCUCUCUCCAGGAGUGCGUGCACGGGUGCGCCAGGUGGACUGCGUCACCGUCAAGGGCAGCCGCCAGCCCGUGGGCCUCUUCACGUACGACCUGGAUGCAGGGGCGGCCGCGGAGAUAGCGGAGGCCAUGCUCAGGGGCCACUGGCCGCCAAGCAACCGGCAGGCGGGCGGCACCGCCUGGGCUGUUGGUGCAGCUGCCACUGCCGCUGUGCAGGUGCCAGUGGCGGCGGCAGCGGCGGUGCAGGGGUCUGCCGUCGCUGUCAGUGCGCAGCUGCGGCAGCAUUUACGGCGCAGCAACGACGAUCACGAGGUGCAGGAGUCGGUCGGCGGUGGCGCCAGCAUCCCGCCAGCAGGGUGGUGCCAAAAAUCGCCUCGGCUGCCUCCGCUGCGGCAGUCGGUUGUGGCGCGAGCUGCGGCCCAUCUGAGCAGCGCGACGGCCCACGAUACUGGUGCUGUUGGCGCGGGUUCCGCGGUGCCCCGGGUGGCGAGCAGCAGUGCGGCCGCGCCGGCGGCCGCGGCUGUACCGCCGAUGGCGUCCGCGGCGGCGCGGGCGCGCGCAAGCGUGGUGUGCAUGCAGCCGCGAGCCGUUGGCGGCACAUCUGCAGCCCCCAGCAUCCCAACUCACAACUGCGAAGGCGAGGGCGCCGAUGACAGCGGGUCUGACUCGGGGGACCAGGGCCAGGGGGACGAGGCAGACGCGCUUAUUGGGGGCCGUGGUGGUGGUGGUGGCGGCAGUGUUGACGACUGGGUGGACAACCCUCUCGUGACAGACACCUGGGGCCUGGACUGGGGCUUCAAGGCGGCCUGGGACAGCGCUAUUGCGCUCUACCUGGAGGGCCGCUGGCCAGAGGCGCGCGCCGCCCUGGAGGCCCUCCGCCACGCGCGCCGCGACCGCGCGGGGCUGCCGGUCGAGGACGGCCCCGCGGGGGUGCUGCUGGGCGUCAUGGCGCAGUCGGGGUACGCGGCGCCAGCAGGUUGGGCGGGCUACAGGGACCUCCUCGAGAAGUGA